AUGUCUUCCAUCUCAUUAGCUCCACAACAUCAAAUCAAAGGUCAAACUGCCAUAAUCACUGGUGGCACCAAAAACUUGGGUGCGGAAACUGCCACUGAAUUGGCAAAAUUAGGCACUAAUUUGUUCUUGCACUAUAGAUCCAACCCAGAAGAAGCUCAAAAAUUUCAAGCUGAGUUGACCAAACAGUAUAAUGACAUCAAAGUUGAAAUUUAUCAAGGUGAUUUAACAAAAGCACAAGAUAUUACUGAUUUAUUCAAGGCUGCUAAAAAUGCGUUCCCCAAGGGUAUUGAUAUUGCCAUCAAUAAUAUUGGACAAGUGAUCAAGAAGCCAAUUACUGAAUUCACUGAAGAUGAAUUUGAUUCAUUGGAUUUGAAGAAUAAUAAAGUGGCAUUCUUUUUCAUCAAGGAAGCAGGAUUGAACUUGAAUGAUAAUGGUAGAAUUGUGUCAUUAACGACAUCGUUAUUGGCUGCUUAUACCGAGUAUUAUGGUGGGUAUCAAGGAACAAAAGCUGGAGUUGAGUUUUAUUCUAAAGCAGCAUCAAAGGAGUUGCACUCGAGGGGUAUUACUUCCAAUUGUGUUAGUCCUGGCCCCAUGGAAACUCCAUUCUUGAUCAAUUCUGAGCAAAAGGAGAGUGUUGAGUUUUUCAAAACUGUUGGGUUACAUGGUAAAUUGACUCAAACCGGUGAUAUUGUCCCCAUUAUUAGGUUUUUGGUGACCGAGGGCACUUGGAUUACGGGACAAAAUAUCUUUGCUUCUGGUGGUUUUACUGCUCGUUAA